AUGACAGUUGAAACUUACCAUUUGGCUUAUUCACCUGUUGUUGUCUUUGGCCCCUCCGGAGUUGGUAAAUCAACCUUGUUGAAGCGACUUUUGUCGUUACACGGAGACAAGCUAGGUUUCAGUGUGUCCCAUACAACUAGAAGCCCCCGUUCUGGCGAGCAAGAAGGUAUAGACUACCAUUAUGUUAGCAAGGAUGAGUUCCGAAAACUAGUUGCUGAAAAUAAGUUUGUUGAAUGGGCCGAGUUUUCCGGAAAUAUGUACGGUACCUCCAUAAUGGCCAUCAAAGACCUCGAAAAUGGAAACAAAAAAGCUAUUUUAGACAUUGAUUUGCAGGGUGUUUUGCAGGUUAAGAAGAGUGCCAUCAAGGCACGUUACGCAUUUUUGGCACCCCCCAGUAUUGAGCAAUUAGAGGCUCGCUUGCGCGGUCGUGGUACUGAAAGUGAAGAGUCUGUUUUAUUGCGUUUGGAACGUGCUUUGAAAGAGGUUGAAUACAGUAAACAGCCUGGUAAUUUUGAGACCCUUAUUGUUAAUGAUGACCUAGAAAAGGCAUACAAGGAACUUGAGGAAUUCUGCCUUUCUGAUUCUUAA